AUGGGUGUCGACGAGGAGAAAAGGGCCAUGGAGUCCAACGACCAGGUCAAGGAGAGUUCCUCCUACGACCAGCCCACCCCUCAGCCCACCGGUCCUGUUUCCGCCGAGGUCGAAACAGUCAAGAAGCCUUGGUGGCACUCGGUCAAGGAGCCCGGCUCCGCCACUCAAAUUGUCAUCGCCGCCGCCCUCGCCAUCGGCAUCGGUCUGGGUGUGUCUGCUGGCGUGGGUGUGGACAAUAUCCCUGAGGCUGCCCCCGUCAUCAUCGGUAUUCCUGGUUCUCUCUGGCUUCGCGCACUUCGCGCCACUGUCCUCCCCCUGAUUAUUUGCGCAAUGAUCUUGGCCAUCCAGCGUCUGCGCGAAGUUGCUCAAGGUGCUGCCGUCCUUGCGAAGUGGACCAUCUCCUACUACGUUCUCACGACCAUUCUCGCCAUUGCUUUCUCCAUCAUCAUGACGUCUCAAAUCUGGGAGCCCUUGAUGGAGAAUGCCGCCACGGGAGAGGGCGAUUCUGAGUUGGAAGAGAGGAAGCCUCACCAGAUUGUGCAGACACUCUUCUUCACUCUGAUCCCCCAGAACGUCGUCUACGCUCUCGCCAACGACGAGCUGCUCGCGAUUCUUGUCACUUCGAUCAUUGUCGGAUACCUGAUCAGGGAUCCCGCAACCUCCGCCAUUCUUCGUGCCGUCAUUGAGGUCGAGGCUAUGAUCACCAAGAUCAUUACCUUCCUCAUCAAGCUGGCGCCCAUUGGCGUGUUCUUCUUGAUUCUUCCCAACCUCUUCAAGCUCGACAUGGCCAGUGUCGGUACCAAUCUCGGUGUUCUCAUCGGCGGCUCCAUCAGUUCUAUGCUGAUCCACCUGUGGGUCAUCUUGCCGAUUCUCUUCUUCGCCUUUACUCGAAAGAACCCAUACCCCUACUGGGCCAAGUCGUCGGCCGCGUGGCUCACUGCCUGGGGUACCGCUUCUUCUGCUGCCACCCUUCCCGUCACUCUGCGCGUCGUCCGCGAGCGUGGCGUUCCCACUACCGUCAACAAGUUCGCUGUUCCUCUUGGUUGCUUGAUCAACAUGGACGGUACCGCCAUCUACUUUCCCAUGGUGUGCGUGUUCAUGGCUGCUACCCAGGGCAUCAAGCUCGACGCCGGCCAGUAUAUCAUGAUCCUCCUCUUGUCCACUCUUUCGGCCAUCGGAACUACGCCCAUUCCGUCGUCAUCCCUUGUCUUGACACUCAUGAUCACUUCCUCUGUCGGUAUCCCUGAGACUGAUAUGUUUGCCGUCGUCGUCGCAAUCGACUGGUUCAUCGACCGUUUCCGCACCAUGGUCAACGUUUCUGGUGAUAUCUUCGCUGCUGGCAUCAUUGAGAAGAUGACAGGUGUCCGCGAUCCCGAGGACAUGGUUGAUGAGGACCUUAUUGCCGAGCGUAACAACGUCCACGACAACACUGACCGUGUUUGA